GAGGUUCAUCAGCAUAUACUUCUUUGCUCUUCUGGUGUGCGACAAAAGCACCACUGCACCCAAAAUGAUAUGCGAAAUAGAUGAUCUCGAAUGCCGUGAGACCCUUAUAAACAUUUACUGCAAAGAGGAGCCGUGCUUUAAUAAGGAGUGCUUCGAUGAAUGCAAGGCUCGAAUAGCGCAACGAUGGGACACAGAAUUAGUUUUGAAUCCUUUGGAGUUCGAGAAGUUCGUCUUGGAAAGUGCUGGAAAGCCAGGUUUUAUGGCACCGCAGAAAUCCAUUGUGUUGAAUUUUCAUCACUCUAAUUUACUGUUACAAACCUAUUUCAAAUUUGAAAUGGAAUAUUUGAAAGUUAUCAAAAAACUACGACCACUGAAAACAAUGGUUUGUCAUUAA